AUGGCGUCCGCAGAUGUUGUCUAUAUCAUGCAGCGCCCACACUGUAUAGCAAUAGGCCAGUCCGGAGAGAUAUGCAAGAUUAACGACUCCAUGGUUGUGAAAUACCCCAAAUCUUUUCCAGGAGAAACCACCUACAAUGAACUCCGUCAGCAGUUCUUGGAUGUCGAGAGACAAAUCUACGAGCGUCUCGGGCACCACGAUGGAAUUCUGCAAUUCUUCGGAGUGUGGAAUGAGACUGGAGCGAUACGGCUAGCAUAUGCCAAUCAAGGUGACUUGAGAGCGUACAUUCGAUCGCACGAUGCGCCACCUCAAGCAUUUCGUAAGAUGUGGAUUCGACUACUGGUAGAGACAUUCUAUCACAUAUACUCUCGCAAAGUACUUCAUCAAGAUGUCAAGCUCAACAACAUUCUCAUAUCGAACGACACCCCAAAAGUCGCCGAUUUUGCGAACGGCGCCAUCUUCCCAAUAGAUGCGGACAUGGAACUGAUUUGCGCCCAAGACCCGCUGUCUCGAAUUGACCUGCUUGGAAUCGGUUGUAUAAUGUAUUCGAUCGGAAUGUGGCAAGAUUUUGAGUAUGAUUACUUCGAAAACGAUCGCUGGCCGACACCGGAAGAGCUGCCAUCGACACAUGGGGUUUUGUAUGGGGAGGUCAUUGCUAGGUGUUGGAACAACGAGUACAGCACUGUGAAAUCGCUAUAUGAGGAUUUCAGGGGCUGCAGCCGAGAAUCAGGGGUUUAA